GUACCCAUCCCAGAUUGCCCCUUUAAGUGUGUUUUGAUUUGAUUGUCUCCGUUUCCAGGGUCCAGCUACCUGAACUACCACCUAAGAACCUUUCUUUAGCCUGAACAACGCCCAGCAGAUCACAGAGAGGAUGAAGGGCCUCCAGAAGUUCCUUCAACUGACCCUGGAGAGUAAUCUGCUUCUGUCAGACAGCUGUCUGCACCUCUUCCUGCAGUCGGAGCUGGGGGUGUCCCAGAUAGAGGCCUGCGCCUCAGGGAGAACCCAUUACUCUGUGUCCCAGGCCGUGCUGCGCUGCGGCUGCAAACUGCAACGCUUCCACUCCCAGGAGGACCUGUUAGAGACCAGCCGCAAGGAGUCCUGUGACUCCGACUCUGUUAGGUAGGUAGGCCUC